AUGAUGGAAUCUGAUGAGCAUGAUGAAUACAAAGAUUACAAAUGUGUAAGUUAUGGGCUUCUUUUAAAAAAGAUAGCUAAGAGGGCGAUCAAUGAUUGGUUUUUUUUUUGUGAGAGGGUAGAUAAUGAUAGCGGAGAAAACUUUGAUUAUUUACGAAGUGCAUUAAUACAAUAUUGUAGACAUAUGCGAGAAUGUUUUUUAAAAAUAUUAGAAUUAGAUAAAUUUCGAGAGAGGUAUAAAGAAAUGAAUGAUUUAAUUAAAUAUAUUUUGGAAAGUAAACAAACGUAUGAAGAACUGAAAACUAAAUAUAAUUAUGAUAUAUAUUUAACCAAGUUAAAAACAAUUCCUCUACAGAUAAAUGAAAAUAAUAUAUUAUGUGCUAUAGAUGUUUUAGCAACAAAAAGAUAUACUAGAUUUCCAUUAUUAUUUAAAGAGAUUUUAAAAAAUCCGAAUGAAUGUUUUUUACCUACAUUAAAUAAAUAUCAAAUGAAUAUUUUGAAAAAAAGAAUAAUAGAUGGAUUUUUAAUUAAUUAUUAUAUAUCUAACAUACCAAAAAAAAAAGUGGAUUUUAUUUUCUCCCGUGGUAUAUUAGAUUUAGAAAUAAUAAAUGAAGUUAGGAUAUCUCUGAUUAGUGACUUUUUAAAUGUAAAAAUAUUAGAUGUCGACAUAUUAUUUCUGGACACUAUGAAUUUGGGUAAAUCGCACAAUCUUGUAUUAAGCAACCUGAUAAAUUAUCAUCUGCUUCAAAAGCAGCAACAGUGUUAUAGUAAUUAUAUAACCUCUCAGGAGGAAAUUAAUGAAAAAAUGGAUAUUUCAACAGGGCACAUGAAAAACAUGGAAGGAGCAAAAAUGUUUGAGGGGGAUCUUCCUCCGUGUGCCGACAUGAAUGAGGACCAACAUGUGUAUGAUAAAAUGAGUGAUGAGAAAUAUAAUGGUAGUAAUAAAUCGUAUGGAAUUAAUAAAUCGUAUGGAAUUAAUAAAUCGUAUGGUAGUAAUAAAUCGUAUGGAAUUAAUAAAUCAUAUGGUAGUAAUAAAUCAUAUGGUAGUAAUAAAUCAUAUGGAAUUAAUAAAUCAUAUGGUAGUAAUAAAUCAUAUGGUAGUAAUAAAUCAUAUGGUAAUAAUAAAUCAUAUGGUAAUAAUAAUUCCUAUGAUAGCGAUGAUUCUCAUGAUAGCGAUGAUUCUCGUGAUAGCGAUAAUUCCCAUCAUGGUGAUGAUAAGAAUAACGAUUUAGAUAAUUUUAUAAAUAAUAUUCUUAAAAAAGAAAUAAAUAAAGAAAGAGGUCGUUACCCCAAAAAUGAUAGUAUUGAAAAACAUUAUUUAGAAAAUGUAUGUACGAAAAAAGUACAGCUACAACUUAGUGAUAUAUUUUAUGAAAUAUAUAAGAUUAGUCAUUUUUAUUGUAGCAUUCAAAUUUUAGAAUUUUACAAAGGUUGUAUAAAUCAAUAUAAUUCUUAUAAUUAUAAAAAAAAAAAAAUUCAAUUAUAUAAAUUAUAUAAAAAUAAUAAUAUUGAAUAUACUCCAUCUUGUUAUAAUUACACAUUAAACGACAAUGAUGGUAUUUUACAUUUGGAUAUCCAAUUAUAUGAUAUGGACUUAACGGAUUCUAUUAUAUAUACAUAUUUUAAAAAAAGGAAAAAAAAUGCAUCCAUUUUUAUAAAUGAAAAGAAUAAAAAUAAAAUUAUUUUAAAAUUUAUUUUGAAUAAUUUGAAUGGAAAUAUUCAAGUUUUUAUGUGGCCAUUUAGUUAUUUUUCUAAUAAAAAAAAAAAAAAAAAAAAAAAUAUUAUUUUUAAAAAUAUUUUAUCUUAUUAUGAAUAUGUAAUAUGUUUUUUUAUGAAGAAAAAAAUAAAAAAUAUUUUAUCUUAUAAUCCUUAUUAUAUUCAUAUAGAAAGUUGGUAUAACAAAAUUGGAUAUUGUAUUGUAUUCUUUUUAUUUUCUAUACUGAAAAUUUUUUGUACUUGUGAUGAUGAUACGACUCUACUCAUAUCUAGGAAGCACGUAUAUUAUUUAAGUGAUUCCUUAGAAAAAAGUGAGUAUUCUUAUAAGACAGGUGUUAUAAACAUACAUGAUUUAUUGUUGGAUUAUUUUUUUGAUCUUCAUUUUAUAAAGGAUGAGUUGAAAUGUCAAGAUACAAAUGGAAAUAUUAAAUAUGACCAAAUGAAUGACCAUGUGAAAAAUGACCAUACCAAUUAUUAUCAAAAUAAUAAUAUAUUUAAUUUGCUAACAUUAAUUAAGUUGAAGAAAGAAAAUGAAAACUCAUAUAUAUUAAGAUAUACAUUUUAUAAUCAAAAAAUUGAUUUAUUUAUAAAUAUGAUAAAUGAAAAGUUAGUAUUCAAAUGUCACUGGGAUAGUGAUAUCUUUAUAAAUAUGAUUAGUUUGUCUUAUAAUUUAAAAUUGAUUAUAUAUAUUUUAUAUUUAUUGAAAUAUUAUUCUUCUUAUAUUUAUAUAUAUAAUUUUUUAAAAGAACGAUUUCAAGUAAGACCUGGUAAAAUCGAAAAUUUUGUUUUUAAUAAAAAGGAUUUAUAUCCAAAUGUUUUUUUUCACAAAUUAAUGUUAUAUUAUUUUUUAAAGAAAUCGGACUAUUCAUCUAAUCUGGUUAUCACAAAAUUUCUGGAGGAAUUUUUUUCGUAUAUUGAUUUUUAUUUUUAUAUUUAUUCGGGUGAGGAAAAUAAUCUGGAGACACAACUAAAAAGGGAAUUGAAAAGGGGGGAAAUAAUAAAUAAUAUUGUGAAUGAUCAUUAUGAUAAUAUGAAUGAUCAAGGUGGUAAUAUGAAUGAUCAUUAUGAUAAUAUGAAUAACCAUGAUGAUAAUAUGAAUAACCCAGAUGAUAAUAUGAAUAACCAUGAUGAUAAUAUGAAUAAUCAUGAUGAUAAUAUGAAUAACCAUGAUGAUAAUAUGAAUAAACAUACAAAUUAUUUGAAUGACAAAGAUAAUUAUAAUAGUAAAGGAACCUUUCCAGAAAAUACUUUCGAUGAUAAAAAGAAUUGUUCUUAUCAAAAAAAUUUUGUAUCCGUUUUUUAUUUUACAAUAUAUGUAAAUAAAAAUACGCCCUUAUUAUUAUGCUUAUUAAUAGAAAGAGGCUAUAUAUUUUGUACAUAUAUUAUUAUUACAUUUGAAAAUAUGAAAAAAAAAAGUAUGGAAACACAAAAUGGAGGAGGUAAAUAUGAAGAAGAUAUGAAUAGUACAUUUAAAAAAAAUAAUAGUUUUAUAAUACCCUUAAUUCAUAAAAAAUAUUUUCUUUCCUCACACAUACAUUUAUAUUUUGACAGUUUGAAAGAUGUGAUUGAUAAUAAUUCUAAUAUGUUUAUUAAUUUAUAUAAUAUAUUAAAAGUUAAUUUUUACUGUCCCUUAUUUUCGGAUGGCUUCGAUUUUUCCACGCAUAUAAUGAUGAAUGGAAAGAAGAGUGGAAAAAAAAAUGAAAUGAAGAAUUUGAGAGGAACUAAUAUGGAAAAGGCUGAAGAGAAAAGAUAUGUAGAGAAUAUUAUUAAUAAUGAUAGUCAUAGUAAUGUUCAUGGGGAUGAUCAUAAUAAUGUUCAUGGGGAUAGUCAUAAUAAUGUUCAUGGGGAUGAUCAUAAUAAUGUUCAUGGGGAUAGUCAUAGUAAUAAACCUUGUUAUAUAUACCAAUUCUUUGAUAAACAAAAUUAUCUUAAUUUCAUUAAACAAAAGAAAAAAUGUGCCCUAGAUUUACAAUAUUAUAUAAAUAAAAGGAAAAAUGCAAAUUAUUAUGAAUAUCCAGAAAACUAUAUCAAUAAUUAUAUUUUACAUUUAUAUACAUCAUUCAAUAAAAAGUAUGCUAUGAAGAAUGAACAGGACAUGAACAAGGACGAUAAAAAUAACGAAUUGAUGAUUUACCUUUUAAUAAAAAUCCAUAGUAGUGGUUCUCUUUUUUUUAAAAUACCAAUAAAAGGAAAAAGGUAUAUGAAAAUAAAUAAUUUGGAUGUGAUAAAAAAUAGGGAGUUAUUUAUAUAUCAUAAAUGUUUAGUUAUAAAUAUGAAACUUGAAAAAAAAAAAAAAAAAAAAAAAUAUGACAAUGGGAAAAAAAAUGAUGAUAUGAAUACUAUAUGUAUGAUAGAUCAAAAUAAAUUACUUGACAAUGAGAAUAAAAUAAAAAUGAAUGAAAUUAUAGACACAAAUGUGAUGAAUAAAGAUAUAUGUUCUAAUAUGGUUGAUGAUGAGAAGAAUGAACAGGAUACAUCAAAUAAUACAAUAACAUCGAAUGAAGGUAAAAUAAAUAAUUGGGUUUUAAUAAAAAAAAUGUAUAUAUUAUUAAAUGAUGAAAGUACAAAAUUAAAUAUUUUAGAUAUAUUUUCAUGUAUUAUAAAAAGUUGUUAUACUUUCGAUUUUUCAAACGAGCUUUAUUAUUUAGAAAAUAAAAUACUGUGUUCUAAUUUUGUCGUAAGAAAUAGUCAUAUAUCAAAUAUUGAUAUUGUCUAUUAUUCUAAUUAUAAUAAAGAUAUAACAUGUUCCAUAAGUUUAAAUUUUCUGAAUAAUGAAUAUGACAAUAAUAAUAAUAAUAAUAUAAAAAAUGAAUUGCCUAAAAGCAAUGAAAUGAUACAAAAAGAAGAAAUAUUAAAUAAUAACCAUAAUACAUUUAAACAAAAAAAUAGAAAUGAUAUGACAACACCUUUUUCUACGUGUAAUGACAUUUUAAAGAAUUUAUUAUUUAUCGAUAUAUCUUUUAAUAAUCCAAUUGAUUGUAUAAAUAACAUUUUUAUUAAAGAAAAAAAUAAUUUAUAUUUAUAUUUAGAAAAGAAGAAAAGUAUAUAUAAUUUAUUAAAAUUAAUAUGUUUAACAUAUGAAUUCCAUCAUAAUUUUUAUAUUUUAAUAAAUAAAACAAAUGAACAUUUAAGAAAAACCCAUUUUUUAAAUAUUAUGGAUCCUUCCAUGUUAUUCGAUAUACAAUAUGAAAAUUUAUUUACAAUAAAUUUGAUAUGUAAAGAUUUAUAUAUAUAUAAUAAUAAUAAUAAUAAUAAUAAUAAUAAUAAUAAUUUAUGUUUAUGUAUUUUAUUACAUCCUGAAUACUAUUCUCAAAUUAUAAUCAUACCGUAUUUAACUUGUUAUAAUAAUAAAAAUGUUAGAAAUGAUGUGAGCUUCAAAAAAAAAAAUUAUUUUUUUAAAAAUUUUAAAUAUGACGAUCAUCUCAGAAAUAAACAACAAAAUUAUAAUGGUUCAUUUUUGAAUAUCCAAAGAGAUCAUUCAAAAGGAGUAUUAGAAAGGGAUGGCAAAAUAACACGAGAUGAUUUAUUAUCAUCUUUUUCUGUUCAAACAUAUACAUCAUUGAAUAAUCAAAAUGUAUUUAUUGAUAAUAUGGAUGAAGAAGAUUUAUUUAUUUAUUUAUUUUUAAACUAUUGUAAUCUAAUAAAUUUUAAUAUAACUAAUAAUAAUGUGUCACAAAAUUAUAAUGAUAAGAUAUCCGAUUUAAAUAAAACAAAAAAUAAAAAUGAAGAACGUUCUUUUUGGUCUUCUUCCCUUAAAAAGUUACUUACCAAAUUUGAUGAGGAAAUAUUUUCAACAAAUGAUUUGAGAGUUUUUGAAGAAUAUGAGAUGUUUAUUUCAAAUAUAAAGUAUAUAUUAAAAAUGAAAAACAAGAUAAUAUCAUCAGAAGUAUUUUUUUUCUCUCCAUAUUUUCUUCCUACCGUAUUAUACAAUCUAUUUGAAUUUUUAAGGACCCUAGGAGUGUGGUUAACAUUACUAGGUCGACUAAAAAAUGAUUACACGGAUAUUAACUUAAGAAAUGAUAGAAAUAUAUGUAACGUAUUUCAAUAUAUCACAGCUAAAAAGAAUAGUAAGUCUUGGGAUAAUCAACCGAAUCCUGAGGUGAAAAAUAUGAAUACAGAUGAAAAUAAUACCACAACAACAAAAAAAAAAAAAGAUGAUAAUGAUAAUCAAAAUGACGAUAUUUAUAUACAUCUUAUAUGGAACAUAUAUAAUGUUAGAACAUUAUAUACAGAAAGGUUAAAUAAUGAUAGAAAGAUAAGUAAUGCCAAGAGAAAAUAUGAAACUUUUCAUACUAAUAUGGAUGAUAUUUUUAAUGAUGAUAAUAAUUGUAUAAAUAUAAUAAAUGUAGAAGAUAAUAAGGAAGAAAACAUAAAAGAUUUGAAGUAUAAAAAAUUAAAAACAAAUGAAGUUGAAAAAGUUGAUAAUGAGUUUAUACAAGUAACAGAUAAUAAUAUAAUAGAGAUAAAUCCAAAAAAAAAAACAUCUACACAAAAUGAAGAACAACAUAAUAUAAAUACAAUAAAUGAGAAUGGUAAUAUGUAUACAUAUUCAUUAAUAAAUAGUACACUUACUUUGAAUAACAUACAUAUGAAAAGAUGGAAAUAUCUUAUAAACACUUAUUGUUUUAAUAAUUAUAUAAUGUUUUUUCAAACAACACAAAAUAAGUAUCUUCUUAAUAGAAGGUUGAUAAAAAAAGCCUUUUUUUUAAGAAGUUUAAAAUUUGAUGAUUUUAAUGAUAUAAAAUCUUACUAUAAGAAGGUAAAGGAAAUUAAUUAUUGUGAUAAUAAUCAUAAGAAUAAUAAAAUGGAUACUGCACAACAAUAUAUACAUUAUUUAAAAGAGGAUCAAAAAGAAAAGGAGCUUAUAAAUUUUGAUCAUAUUAUUAAUUAUAUGUCUGAUAAUAUAUGGGUUUCUCAAAUACAUUAUUUGACACAUGGUAUUAGCUUAUACUUUGAAAAUGUGGGCGAAGAGGUUGAUGAGGAGGAUGCCUGGUUUUACUGUCUUCAAAAAAAAAAAAAAAUAAAUGGUGAUGAUAAUAAAAUGAAUGGUGAUAAUAAAAUGAAUGGUGAUAAUAAAAUGAAUGGUGAUAAUAAAAUGAAUGGUGAUAAUAAAAUGAAUGGUGAUAAUAAAAUGAAUGGUGAUAAUAAAAUGAAUGGUGAUAAUAAAAUGAAUGGUGAUAAUAAAAUGAAUGGUGAUAAUAAAAUGAAUGGUGAUAAUAAAAUGAAUGGUGAUAAUAAAAUGAAUGGUGAUAAUAAAAUGAAUGGUGAUGAUAAUAAAAUAAAUGGUGAUGAUAAUAAAAAUUGUGAUGAUAAUAAAAAUUGUGAUGAUAAUAAAAAUUGUGAUGAUAAUAAAAAUUGUGAUGAUAAUAAAAUUAAUUGUGAUGGUGAGGUGUGUGGGGAGGAGUAUUCAAGAAAACUUUUGAUUUUAUAUAAAGAUAAUAUUUUAAAAGAAAACUGUGAAAUAAAUUGCUCAUUGAAUAUAAUAUAUAAAUAUAUUAGAAUAUGGUUAUUAAGAUUAAAGUUACAAGAUGUAGAUGUUUUUUUUUGUAUAUUGAAUGAAGUAAUUAAUGAUAAAAAAAAGAUUUGUGAAUUUUCGUCAUUAGUUUUUAAUUCUGUUUUAUCUUAUUACGAACAUUUAGAUUUUUGGUUAUCUAAAAAUACAGAUGUUUUGUGUUCUCCUUUUAUAGAGACCCAAUUUACUUUGAGAGAAGAGAAAGAUGUAAUAAAUGAUAGUAUAAAUAAUGUUGAAAAAUCAGAUUUGUUUUUAAAAUAUAAAAAGAAUAAAAAUAAGGAAAUAAAAUAUAAUGAUAAAAAAUUUAUUGAAAUAAUUAUUCCAUUUAUAAUAAAAGAAAAAGGAGAAGAGAAAAAUUUACAUAUGGAUAAUAUAUUAAAAUAUAAUAAAAAUGAUAUAAAAAUAGAUUAUAAUGAUAUGAAUAAUUCGAUGGAUAUAAUAAAAAAUGAAGAUGAUAAAGAAUAUUUAAGUAAUUAUAUAAAUAAUAAUAUUAAAAAUAUUAAAAAUAUUAAAAAUAAUAAUGAUGUACAAAAUUCCAAUAUGAAUUCAAAUUAUAAAAAUAUAGAUAUAAAUAUGUUAAAUGCUUUAAAUUGUUCUGUUAUUAAUUAUAAUAAUAUAAAAAUUAAUUAUAAAAUAUGGAGAUAUAUGCCUUGUCCAUUUAAAAUAAUAUCAUAUAAUAAAAAUAAAUUAGAUAUUUUAAAAAAAAAUAAUGAUAGUAUCAUUUUAAGCUUUCAAAUUUCUUCCUUACCUGUAAAAAAUUUAAAAGACGUAUAUAUAAAUAAUGAGCCUUUUAUUAAAUUCCUUGUAACUAAUCAUAUUGAUUUAAAUGUAGCCCAUGAAAGAGUUAUGAAUAUUUUACAAAAAUAUAAUUUAAAACCAAACUAUUCCUUAGUAGCUACACAAACAAUUCUCCACAUUUCAACAUUUGAAUUAUUGCUCAACGCUAAUCAAAAAAAGGAAUGA